AUGUGGAACCGGUAAAUGGGUGCUUUGCCAUUGGCCAGCGCGGCUGUCUCUCACCGCCAGCGCAGCUGCCAAUUGGCUGGCGGGGAGCGGAGAGCCGCGUGUCCCGCCCCGGCGCGGCGCGUGCCCCGGCAGCGGAAGCGGCCCGCGCGAGCCAUGGCGCGGGACAAGCCCGAGGCGGCGGCCGAGGCGGAGGCGACUCCCGAGCGCUCGUACCGGGAGCAGCUCGACUUCCUCAACCCUAUCGCGCAGCCCCUCGCGUCCCGCAAGCUCACGCGGAAGCUUUACAAGUGCAUCAGGAAAGCGGCCAAGCACAAGCAGAUCCGCCGCGGUGUGAAGGAGGUGCAGAAGUUCAUCAACAAGGGCGAGAAGGGGAUCACGGUGCUGGCUGGGGACACGCUGCCCAUCGAUGUGUACUGCCACAUCCCCAUCAUGUGCGAGGACAGGAGCCUCCCCUACGCUUACGUCCCUUCCAAAUCGGACCUGGGAGCUGCGGCCGGCUCCAAGCGCCCGACCUGCGUCAUCAUGAUCAAGCCCCACGAGGAGUACCAGGAGGCCUACGACGAGUGUCUGGAGGAGGUGUCAUCUCUUCCGCUGCCACUGUGAAGAGCCAGGACUGGCUGUGCCCUGCCGGGCCGUGACAGGUCCCUGUGUCCCUGUCCAGGGGCCACAUGGCUGUUUGUGGGGACACCACCAAGAGCACUGACUUGGGGGGAAGGGGAGCACUGUGGGGGUGAAUAAAGGUGUCUGUGCAUUUGUAGAA